AUGUUCGUGGCUGUGCCAGAGCCCGUGCCAGAGCCCGUGGUUGAGCCAGAACCCGUGCCUGAGCCCAUCCCUGAGCCAGAGCCCAUCCCAGUCGUUGUUGAGGAGCCCAUCCUUGACCUCAUCGCCGAAUCUGUGGUGAAAGAGGUCCCCGUCAGAGAGCCCACCCCUGAGCCAGCAAGGGAACCCAACCCCAAGCCAGCGAGGGAACCCACCCCUGAUGCCAUCUUCGUGACAGAGCCAGAGGACCUUGAGAGCAACGCUGAGGAGGUGCACUUUACCCCAGGAAUGAAGAUUAGCAAGUUGGAGAAGAUGAUGACCAAGGAGGAGAUGGAGGAGGAGCAGAGGGUGCAAAAUGAUCAGUUGGCGGCCAUAUUUCUCCUGCUGAUGCAGAACCAGGAGGCACUAGGGGAGGUGACUGAGGGAGACAUGGAGGAGCAGCUCAAACUCUACUCCCUGUAGCAGAAUGGGGCAUUUCUGUUAUUGUCAACCUUGUAUAGGGCUAAAUAGCCUGUUCCCCUUUUUAAAGUGCAGGUGUCAAGCAGAGCAACUGUCAAUGUAUAAUACCGUAUUUAUGUCUGACUUAUCAUGUCAGGUCAGAAUGAUCCAUAACAGACCAAGACAAUAGGUUUAAUAUUCUGACAUACUGUAGCGGGAUAGGUUAAAUGGCAUUACCCAUAAGAAUGGCAUUACCCAUAAGACCAAAACAAAUUGUACUACACUUGAAUGUAAGACACAAGUCUUUAUACUGUUGUUGUUCUGUUAACAUUGGUUAUCGUAAAGUAUGGCAAUGUUACAAUGGCUUUAAAAAUCACAUGUUCUUAGAGUAUGAACAAUUUAAUGAACAAACAAUUGCAGUAACUUAUUUACAUUAAGUAUAUUGAUAACACACUAUUUGUUUAUAUUACUUAAAUGUUUAAUGAAGUAUUGUUGGUAAGUCACAUAUACUGUAUGUAUUUUCAGUUGUAAAGAACUAUUUUGGAAUGACUUUGUAGUGUUAAUAUAGGUCAUAUUGAAAUAUACACUGAGUGUACAAAACAUGACAUAGACUGACCAGGUGAAUCCAGCUGAAAGCUAGGAUCCCUUAUUGAUGUUACUUGUUAAAUCCACUUCAGUCAGUCUGGAUGAAGGGGAGGAGACAGGUUAAAUAAGGAUUUCUAAGCCUGGAGACAAUUGAGGCAUGGAUUGGGUGAAUGGGCAAAAAAAGUGCUUUGAAGUGGUUGUAGGUGCCAGGUACCAGGUGCACCGGUUUGAGCAUGUCAAGAACUGCAACGCUGCUGUGUUUUUCACACUCAACAGUUUCCUGUGUGUAUCAAGGUCCACCACCCAAAGGACAUCCUGUCGGAAGCAUUGGAGUCAACAUGGGUCAGCAUCCCUGUGGAAUGCUUUCGACACCUGUAGAGUCCAUGCUCUGACGAAUUUAGGAUGUUCUGAGGGAAAAGGGGGGGUAUUGGGUAGGUGUUCCUAAUGUUGGUACACUCAGUGUAUUUUUUUUCAUAUGUUCUCAACACUCCAUAUUUUGAAUCAAAUGUUUUUAAUGGAUGUACAUAGUGUAUGGAGAUAUUUUAGUAGUUUGUUUAGAGUCUCAAGGACGGCUCGUACUAAUGGCUUGACCGGAAUACAUGCAAUGGUAUCCUACACGUCAAACACAAGCUUUCCUUGUGUUUGAUACCAUUCCAUUCACUCCAAUCCAGCCAUUAGUAUGAGCCGUCCUCCCCUCGGCAGCCUCGUACUCUGGUGUAUCUUUUUACCAGUUAUUUUAUGAAAUAAUAUGACACUCAAAACAGGUCGUGUGAUCAUGUAUUUAUUAGUGUGUUUGAGUGAUAACGCUUUUAUUUGAACUCUGUUUCUACACUCUAUGAACAGUUCAUUUGAUAAAUCAUGAUUUCACAUUUUCUUUCAGUAAGUCUAUCGCCAACAUUAUUUAGCUAAACAUCUAAGAAAAAGCAAGCUAUGAAAUGUAAAAAUGUUUAAACAACUGUUAUAAUUGUGUCACAUGAACACCUACAAGUUGUUUAUGCCUUGUCCAACAUUUCUCUGAUGAUGUGUUGUACAUGUGAAACCAGGCAAGAACAAAUGAGGUAGGCUACAAUGCUAUGGUCUAGCUGGUUGAGUAGAUGAGUAGUCUUCCCCAUCUGCUGUUUGUCACACUCUUAUCAUUCCUCUGUGGGGUGGUACCACUAACAUGUUUGAAAUCAUUAGAGUAUACAUAGUUACACAGUACAUGUUUGAAAUACACCUUAUCAAAAUAUAGUUGCUCAGAUCGUUAUCAAAGUCAUACAAUGCAUAAUUAUAAUCACUUCCUAGUAUAAAUUGGCUUCAUCCUCUUGCCAUAACAUUUGUAAGCUGUGUUGGCAUCAUUCUACAUAGCACCACAGGUGGGAAGAUUAAGGACACCAAGUCUGGAUCAGAGAAGAAGUAGGGGUUUUAGUUGAAUACCCACAGAACUCCAGUCUCCUUUUCAGCUCAUUUAUCACCUGAUUUUCUUAACAAAAGGCAUAUCUUGUUAGGUGGUCCAGGUGUCCUCUGACAUGGCACAAAUGUUCUCUAUUGCUCCUCUAUUUUUCCUCAAUCAAGGUGGGAGGCCGAUGACAUCAGAGGGCAACAUGAAAAAAUGAUUUUGCUCAAAACAUUUUUUUUUUUUACUCUUAAAGCACUUGGAGAAACAGCGCCACUGCCAGUGGUGGAAAAUGUGCACAGUCAUACUUGAGUAAAAUUAUCUAGUAUUGAGUAAAAGUAUCUAGACACAAUCAUCCAUCUAGUACCAGUUCGGACCCCCCUUUGCCUUAAGUACAGCCUGAAUUCUUCAGGGCAUUCUACAAGGUGUGGGAAACGCUCCACAGGGAUGUUGGUUCACACUGACACAAUGGCAACAUGCAGUUGCUGCAGAUUCAACAGCGGUUAAUUCAUGCUGUAAACAGCCCGUUGCAUGUCAUCCAAAAGAUGCUGUAUUGGGUUGAGGUCUGGGGACUGAGCAGGCCACUCACGUAAACUGAUUUCGCUGCCAUGUUACAGGCAAUGUUUUUCCACUUCUCAAUUGUCCAGUGUUGGUGAUCAUGUGCCCACUGGAGCCGCUUCUUCUUCUUUUUUAGCUGUUAGCAGUGGAGCCCUCUGUGGUCGUCUGCUGCUAUAGCACAUUCUUGACAAGGAUCGACGAGUUGUGCGUUCCGAGAUGCAGUUCUGCACAGCAUUGUUGUACUGCAGCGUUAUUUGUCCGUUUGUGGCCCGUUUGUUAGCUUGCACGAUUCUUGCCAUUCUCCUUCAACCUCUCUCAUCAACGAGCUGUUUUCACCCACAGCAUUGCCACUGACUGGGUGUUUUUUGUUUGUCGCACCAUUCUUGGUAAACCUUAGACACUAUCGUGCGUGAAAAGCCCAGUACGGUGGCCGUUUCUGAGAUACUGGAUCCGGCACGCCUGGCAUACCACGGCUCAAAGUUGAUUAGGUCACUCACUUUGCCCAUUCUAUAGUUCAAUCGUACAGUAACUGAAUGCCUCAAUGCUUGUCUGCCUGCUUUAUAUAACAAGCUAUGGCCACGUGACUGUCUGUAGGAGCGAUCCAUUUUCGUGAAUGGAGUGGUAUACCUAAUAAACUGACCGGUGAGUGUAUUUUUCCACACUAUGAGGUUGGAAUAAUACUGUGAAAUUGUGAGAAUUAUGAUAAUGCCCUUUAGUGUAAGAGCUGUAUGAAAAGACUACCUGAAUUUUCAGCCUGUUUUGGUGGGAUGGAGGCCUUCCAUGGUGACGUCAACAUGCAAUAAAUGAGUUAAUAGACCAAUAAGAAAAAGAGUUCCAAACCUCUCAGCCAAUAACAGCUAGUUUUCAGUUUUCCUCUCCCCACUCACACCACUCCCAGGCAGUCCUAGCAACAUUCUUGUUUGAGAAAUUGCCCUUUUUGACCAUUUUAAUUGAAAACAACCACAUUAAUGGACUUAAUUGUUACCCAGAAAUUAUUUGAUAUUGAGAUGAAAGGACUACAUUGGACCUUCAGACGGCGGAGGAGCUCCCACAUCAAGGUUAACAACUACAUCAGAGAACCUGCUCUGCUGUGCUGUUGCACGUGUGCAAUGAUGUCUGCCGAAAAAAACAGGGUUCAUUGUCUGAAGUAACAUCUUUGUUGUUGUAAUACCUGGCAGUUUCACCGCUACGGAUUCCAAUUUUAAGCGUACAUUAUUGGAUUUAUAGAUAGAAUAUUGUUUUGGAAUAGGAUGCGUUCAAAAUUAGCUGGAGUGCGUCUUCAAAUGACAUUUCUAUGUGGGAACACCACUCAUUCCCAUCUCUGCAUGAAAUACAUUCUGGUAUGCAGCAGAGUUCCCAUUCUGA